AUGCCGGACUUCAACGCGCAUGGACUUGACCCGAACUGGAUCGAGCCGGAGGACAUCCAGGUGCAGGAGUUCUUUGACACCUUGCACGAGGGGUACGUCAUCGCCGAGCUGCGGCUCGUCCAGGACACCUCCCAGGUGGAGUUGGACUACAUCGCUGCUAGGGCGGCGGAGGCGAAACUCACCGAGGAGGCCGGCAGCACCGACGGCGUGGAGGACAAGAUCGCGACAGAAGUAGAGGAGAACGAGCUCACCCAGUGGGCGGAGGCCGCCGGGGAGGCCAGCAGCGCCGGCACCGGGGCCCCUCUCGUCGAAGACAUGGUCGGUGAGUCAUCGGAGGAGGAGGCCGAGGAGGAGGAGGUCGUGGCCAUCGACCCUCCAGCCACGGGGAGAGGACGGGUUCUGCGGCGGGCCACCUCCGGCGAGCCGGUCCGGCCCGGCAGGGCCGCGGAGCUGCGGCAGGCCCAGGAGAUGUCCGCACGCCAGACGAGGGCCGCGGCGGCGAAGAAAGUGGUGACGGCCGCGGUGGCGAAGGAGAAGGCAUCCGCUUCUUCCUCGGCAAAGCGCGUUCAGACACCACCUCCUUCCCCUCCUCCGGCAGAUGUUGACGCGGGGGUCACCUUUGACUUCGGGUCCCCCAAUCGUCCGUCGACGGACCAGGAGGAUAUAGACCCUAUCAUCGAGGACGUCGCCAAGGACGCCGCGGCAGAGGCCGAGAAGGUCGCUGUCGAGGAGUCCGCCAAGGGCGCUGCUGAAGACACCGCUGAGGGGCCUGCCGGGGAGCCCGCGGAGGCGGACCUCAAGGUGCGCGUUGCCGAGGCGCAGACUUGGUUCCGCCAAGCCAACGAAGAGCUGAAGGCCGCCAAGGGCAAGCUGGCCAAGCGCGACGUGGAGCUCACCAUGAAGCUGGCCGACAUCAAGAAGGCCCAGGAGGCGGCGGAGGGCUUGGCCGCUGCAACCGAGGCCGCCCGGACCCAGCAUCAGAGCAAGGCCCGGGAAAAGAUCCUGGCCAAGGAUCUGGAGGCCGAGAAGCUAGAGCGGAAGAACGAAGCUGCCAGCCACAAGGAUUUUGUGGAGGGCGAGAAUCGCUAG